CGAAAAUCCGGCCUGAGCUUUUAAUCUUUUUUCUGUUUUGAUGUCCACCCUCCAGAGCGCUGAACGGUCUUUACUCUUUAACGCGACCGUUAACCUCCUUAGAACUUCUUCCCCGCCCCUCCCUGGUUCAUACGGACCAUACCCAAAUGACGCUUGAGAACUGAAAACUGAAGUAGCAAAUCGCAACUCCGGUAACCAAGUACCUGACAGCACAGAGAUAGAGCAUGAACAUGGCUUCCUUAUCUAACCCACCAAUUCCCGCAUGCUUGUAUGGCCACUCCAAUCCUAUCUCUUUCUAUACCUCUCCCAUGAUCUUAUCUUUCCCUUUUCACCUAACGGCGUCGCUUAAUCCCCGUGUUUCUGCGCUAAAGACUGGAUCCGACGGGCUCAGGAAACCGAUUGUCCCUCCGCGGAAGGACAUGGGUGGUGGAAUUUCUGAAGAUGAGGAGGACAGUGACGUGAAGAGAAAUUACGAGGAGAAGGAAGAUGAGGAAUGGGUCGAUUGGGAGGACCAGAUUUUGGAGGAUACUGUUCCGCUUGUUGGCUUUGUUAGAAUGAUUCUUCAUUCUGGCAAAUACGAAAAUGGAGAUAGAUUAAGUCCAGAGCAUGAGAGAACCGUUGUUGAGAGAUUGCUUCCAUAUCAUCCAGAGUGUAAAAAGAAGAUUGGAUGUGGAAUUGAUUAUAUUACAGUUGGGCUGCAUCCUGAUUAUGAAACCUCAAGAUGUUUGUUCAUAGUCCGAGAAGAUGGACAAUUGGUUGACUUUUCUUAUUGGAAGUGCAUUAAGGGCCUGAUCAGGAAGAACUAUCCACUGUAUGCAGACAGCUUUAUUCUCAGACAUUUCCGCCAACGUAGGCAGAAUUGAUGAAGGUCCUAAUUUGUGGCAAGUGCAAGUUGGGUACAGGCCCCUCCUUGUCUGAACCUCAAGUGGAUGAGGUGAGAUUCGACUCUUCUUAUUGCUCUCUCUCUCUCUCUCUCUCUCUCUAGCCUCCUGGACUGUUUUGCUAUCUCUCUCUCUCUCUCUCACUCUCUAUAGCCUCCUGGACUGUUUUGCUAGUAUUACGUGUUACUGCACAAUUGAGAUGAAUUGCAAGCUCUUGUAUUUGCUUGUAAUCUGACUGGGGUUAUUGGGGAGUCAAGUGUCUGCAUAUUGGGUUUGGGUUAGUUCCAAUGAGAUUUUAAUAAAUCCAACAAAAGCCCUCCUCUCUGUCCUCUUGUGGAUUUUUUUCUUUUUUCAAAGAUAGAAGGAUAUCAUUCCAUGGCCUUAAGGAGGCAAUGUAUGUUGUACAAAAUGAUAUUGAAAAGCAAGAUUAUGUCGAAAGGGUGAAUUAUAAAGAAAUUAUUGAGCCAGACAAUGGGCUGCUGUGUUAGCAUCUCUUCUGACAAACACAAAGGAGCAAUUCUGAAAUUCUUUGGGGAGUUGAGAGAUAUCAAAGAUCACAGCUUGAAUGGAAAGAGGAUUUAAAGCACCCUUGAGAAUUAACUGUCUCCGAGUCGCCUUCGAUAAGCACUCUGGAAAUGUCCAUUUUCCGUGCAAGAAUGACUGCCUCUCGACAGGCAAGGCUCUCAAGGAUAAGAUAAGGGGAUCAACUUGAUUAUACCAUAGUUUACAAGACCAAUCAAGGAAGUUACUGCUGAAAUCACGAGCUAUAACAGCAGUAGCUCCAACCCUCCUGUGUAUGUCAAUGGCAGGAUCAAAAUUCAAUUUAAAAAACAUAGGAUUUAUCUCUUCA